GCUUUUCUGCUGUGUGUGCCUUUCCAGACCGCCUUCAAAAUUAUGUUGGGAAAGAGGAGGAUUUCUCUGACCAGCAGCUCUGUGGACAGGAGAGGAAUUCCAGUUUGGACCAAGAGGAACCAGAACCUCUGCAGAUAAAAGAAGAGCAGAAAGAAGCAGAACAUCCCUGGACAAAAGAGGAAACAAUAGAGUUCCCCAUAAGUGAGCAGGAAGAGCAGCUUGUUCUGAAGAAAGAGCCUGCAGAUACAGAAGAGAAACCUUUCCAAUGUUUGACAUGGGGAGAAAACCUCCUAAAAAAAGAACAUUUAAUGGUUAAUUUGAGAACUCAAACAGGUCAGAAGAUGUAUGAAUGUAUGUCUUGUGGAAAAAGCCUUACAAGGAAAUCUAGUCUUGAUAGACACAUCAGAAAUCACACAGGCGAGAAGCCUUUUUCCUGUACCAUUUGUAACAAAAAUUUUACUGAAAAGAGCAGUUUGACUACUCACAUGAGAAUUCACGCAGGUGAGAAACCUUAUUCUUGUACAAUUUGUAACAAGAAUUUUACUGAAAGUAGUUUGACUUCUCACAUGAGGAUUCACACAGGUGAGAAGCCUUUCGAAUGUCUGACCUGUGGAAAAAGCUUCACUCAAAAAUGUGAUCUUGAUAGACACACGAGAAUUCACACAGGUGAGAAACCUUUUGAAUGUAUGUCCUGUGGAGAAAGCUUCACUCAGAAAUCUGAUCUUGAUAAACACAUAAGAAUUCAUACAGGUGAGAAGCCUUUUUCCUGCACCAUCUGUAACAAGAAUUUUACUGUAAAAAGUAGUUUGACUUCUCACAUCAGAACUCACACAGGUGAGAAACCUUUUUCCUGUACCAUUUGUUACAAACAUUUUACUGUAAAAAGUAGUUUGACUACUCACAUGAGAAUUCAUACGGGUGAGAAACCUUUUGAAUGUCUUUCCUGUGGAAAAAGCUUCACUCAGAAAUCUGAUCUUGAUAAACACAUCAGAAUUCACACAGGUAAGAAGCCCCUUUCCUGUACAAUUUGUAACAUGAAUUUUACUGAAAAAAGUUAUUUGACUGCUCACAUGAGUAAUUCACACGGGUGAAAAGCCUUUUUCCUGCAUGAUUUGUGGCAAAAGUUUUCUCAAAAAUAUCUUUUGACUAGACACAUGAUAAUUCACACAAGUGUUAUAUUGUAAACCUGGUUAAAAAUAUAUAUUUUUGAGACUUUUAACUGAAUGAUAAGCUAUUGGUUGGAUAUAUUCCAGAAACAGACUUUAUUUGAGAUGAAAAUAUCCUCAGAUUAAAAGCAGUGGUGUCAAAAGUACACACUUGUUACUUAAGUAGAAGUAUAGAUACUUCAGUUUAAAAACACUCUGGUAAAAGUUGAAGUAUCAACUUGACCUCUUUACUCAAGUAAACGUGAAAAAGUAUAUGCUCCAAAAACUCUUUAAAUUAUAAAAGUAUAAAGUAACCUUUAAAAAAAAACAGCCAGAUGCCACUAUAUGAAUUUAAAGCUUAAUUUUCCGACUAUUUCAAAAAAAUUAUUUGAGAUAGGGCCAAGGAUGCUUGCUUCUGAUGAUUUCCUUUGGCGUCAGCACAAAUUUAACGAAUAGCCAAGCAAUGAAUGUUUGCGUUAUGACUUAUCCAAUUACACUAGUUUUCACUAGACAUGGGUGGAGCCAAUGAUCUGCAUUGGAUGGAGCAAAUAAAAUUAAUAUUUAUAAACAUUAAACCGAAGAGUAAUGAGUAACUUAAAAAAAUGU